CAUUAACAACGCCUAUUUUCGCCGUUCAACCCAUCCAUUCGCCAAGAUGACUGCUGCGUGGAAAGCCGCCGGUUUGACCUACAACCGCUACCUGGCCGUUGCCUCCCGUGCUAUCCGCCGAAGCCUCAAGGAGGACAAGAGAAUUGUUGCCGAGCGACGUGCUGUUUCCGAGCUGCGAUUUGCUUCGUGGAAGGACGGCAAGGCUGGUGAGCCCAAGGAUCUUGCCGCCGCAAACGCCGCCGCUAUGGCCGAGAGCGCCUCUUCUUAAACCGUACACAUGGGUGUAUGGGAAGAAGAGUGUGGAUGAGAAGGCGAAAUGAUGUUGUUAUAGACGCUGGGAAGCGACAAUGAGAAAAGCCAUGCGAAUGGGGCUAGAGUUCCAAAUUGCUGGCGUUGUAAAAUAAAUAAUUGCUGCAAUACAUCAAUAUAUUAAGGCAAAUG